AUGGACACUUUUGAAGAUAUUGGUUCAUUAUAUUGUGAGUACAUGAAAAAUAAUAAGGAUGACAACAUGACAGAAUUACAAUUUUUCAAGUACGCACUUAAAGAUGCUAUUAAUGAAAUGGACACUUUACGACAGCAAUACCAUACAUUAGACAAUCAGUUGAAGAAUAAAAAAGCAGAGAGCAAUUAUUAUGCUGAAGAUGUGAUACAUCUUCAAACAGAAAAUAAGUCACUCGCUGAAGAAAUUGUAACAUUAAAAGUCCAAGAAAAGGCCUAUAAAGAAAAAUAUAUUAUACUCAAAACAAAAAAUGAUAUCCUGGAAGAAGAUAAUGAAUCGCUUAGAAAAAUAUUGGCCACAGUUGAGGUGAAAGAUAAGCCGACAAUAAUAGAUUACCAAGAAAACAAAUCGGAGCAGCAAACUGUACAUGAUUUAUCCUCAUCGUCUAACAUAAGUAAUUAUGUAAAAAAAGAUCAUUUACAGCCACUUGAAACUAAGAUUUCAUUUAUUGAGAAACUGGUAUGUUCAAAAAUGAAAAAUUUAAGUGUAGAAGAUGAGCCAAGCAGUUUCAAAAUUGUCGACGCAUUGAAAAUAAAUGAUAAUUGUACUGAAUGGUGGUGUCCCAAACAUAGCAAAUUUUUGGACAUUUUAAAGGGCAUAAAAAUUAGUGAACAAACUGUAGAAGAUCAGUACCUAAUACGAAAGGCCAAAGCAAGAUUUGUAUAUUGGGAAGACAAAAAAAAUAAAAAUACACCAAGAUGCCCAACUCAGGAUAGGAAAAAAGGACAGGUAGUUCAUUACCAGCAACCUAAAUGCUGGCCAUAACAAUAUGUUAUACAUAUAACUUGUAAGAACUUAAAUAAAAAUCCUAUUAUAAUAACUAAAUAUUAAUUUUAUUAAUUUGUUUAUCUUUAAGUAUCUUAACAGAAACAUUAACAAACUUGCAUAAAUCAAUAACUGUGGGCCUUGAGGGUUAACUUUUAUUUAAUAAUUAAAAUAUUAUAAUAAUCAUACAUUUUGUGAUAUAGGUACAAAUCAAAAAGAUUGUGGGUUGAAAUUAUUUUUGUUUGAUUUAAUUGUUUUAACAUAGUAGAAAAUCAUUAAGAUAUACAUAUUAUAUUCAAAAAGAAGCAUCAAAUAUAAUGUAGCUACUAUGUAGCUGUUGUAGGCAUUCUCAGACAUUUAAUUUAAAAAUCAACUCUUUAAUUUAAAUUUAAUUGUAAUAUAACGGUAUUAUUAAUAAUUAUUAUAAAUAAAAAGUUCAUGAACAACUAAUAUUCGUGAUCAUAAAUAUUUAAAAAACUAUUAAAACUAUAUGUAUACCUAUUUACCUUAUACAUAUUAGUAUUGUAAUACAGUUUGUUAAUUAUUGUAGGAUACCUAUGUCCACAGUAUGCAGCUAUGCACACCAGUGAUUUCUGUUAAGAUACAAAUUUAGUAAAAUCAUUUUAUUUUUGAAAUACUUACUAAAUUCACUUAAUUAACUAAAAAAGAUUAGAAUUUAUACUUAACGGAUUGCAUAAGCAGAGUAUUUGUGUAUAAUCUAAAAAAUCUUAGUAAUUAAACAAAUUCAGUCAUUACUCCAAAAAAAAAAAAAUGAAUUGUCUUUUUA